UUACGGAAGAGGACGUUGUUUUGAAAUGGUUAUAGAUGUAUAACUACAGCUAUGUGAAGGAAUAUUCAGACCUGUUUGCACUAGCAGAACAUGUGUAUAGUCAGAAGGCAGAAGUGGCUUAUGACGAACUCAUAAGAGUUUAAUUCAGCUGCUUGCUGCACUGCUCGGUCGUGUGUCGCUGAUUUACUGUCGCACACAUUGAUUCGACAGUGUCCAGACCUUGAAGAGUGUAAAGAUGGCUUCUGUGGGACACUUGGUGUGCAGGCGGUGGUUGUGUGGUGGUCUGGGCAGAUCACCAGCAGCUCCCGGGCUCAGCAGGUCGCUCACCUCCUCCAGCACACGCAGGAGCACCAUGCCAGCCUGGGUCAUUGACCAAUACGGAGGAAAUGAUGUUCUACGGUUCACUAAAAACGCCAGAUUCCCCAUCAUCAACUACCCCAACGAGGUCAUCGUCAAAGUGUGUGCGGCAGGACUGAACCCACUGGACGUCAGCAUGAGAGGGGGCUAUGGUGCCGCUACACUCUCGAUGAAGAGGGACCCUCUGAAUAUCAAGCAGUCGGGCGAUGAGUUCCCUCUCACCCUGGGGAGGGACGUGUCGGGGGUCAUCAUGGAGUGUGGCUUGGAUGUGAAGUACUUCAGUGAAAGGGACGAGGUUUGGGCUGCGAUCCCACCUUGGAAACAGGGCAGCUUGGCUGAGUUUGUGGUGCUAAGUGCCAAUGAGGUGUCCCACAAACCAAAGUCCCUGAGCCACCCAGAGGCAGCAGCCAUUCCAUAUGUGGCAACCACCGCCUGGUCAGCACUGGUCAACACCGGUGGUCUCAGUAAGGACAACUGUGCCAAGAAGCGGAUCUUGAUCCUCGGAGGAUCCGGGGGCGUGGGAACCUUUGCUAUACAGAUGCUGAAGGCGUGGGGGGCCCAUGUGACUGUUACCUGCUCCCAGGAUGCCGAGCGGCUUGUAAGGGGGCUGGGGGCGGACCACGUGGUGGACUACACAGCUGGACCUGUCGAGGGGCCACUCAGUGAACUGGAGAAAUUCAACCUGAUCCUGGAUAAUGUCGGUGGGGACACGGAGCGUUGGGCGUUGGAUCUGCUUAAGCCCUGGUGCGGCGCCAAGUAUGUCACACUCGUGACUCCGUUCCUCCAGAACACGGACAUGCUGGGCAUCGCUGAUGGCAUGAUGCAGACUGCUGCUACCGUGGCAACCAAGGCCCUCAAGCACCUUGUUAAAGGAGUUCACUACAGGUGGGGAUUCUUUGCACCAAGUGGCCCUGCACUGGAUGAUAUUAGGGAAAUGGUGGAUGCAGGACAGAUCCGACCUGUGGUGGAGGAGACGUUCCGAUUUUCCCAGGUGCCCCAGGCCCUGGAGAAGAUGGAGAAGGGUCACGCCCGAGGAAAAACUGUAGUCCAGGUCAUAAACGAGGGGGAUGACUCAUAGCCAUGACUCUUGGACACUAUACUCUCCUCUGAAUGACUAUGAAACAAAUGAUAUCAGUGAAUGGAAAAAAUCUUCAGAUCCUGGGUUGUCGCAUCCCCAGCUGCAAACGUACAUACUGUAUAUAAACAGUAAACAUGGUCACUACAGUUAUUGCUGUUCCCUUGUGGAUGUUGUAGCUUUACUGUGUAUGAUUACUGUCUGAGCACUUUAUUAGGAACGCCUGUCGAUUCACACCAGCAGGAAUCAAAUCUGAGAGCACUGGCGCCCUCCGCAGGCUGCUUGCAGGUGUUUCUUUCUUCCUCUCAUGCCGCUGCCUGUGUUACUGCCUGGUUGUCAAAAUGUUCUGUGCUCACGAACAUGUAUUUGUACGUCGAUUCUCAGACGUCCAGGUCAUGGUCUCUACAGGAGUUGUACAUGUGCACAUCAGAAACUAGACAAGGCAACACAAGCAAGUCAUGGUGCCAAUGUACACAGGAGCAAAUAUACAACUGGACUGUACAACUCAAGAUAUUUAACAAACUAGGUUCACAGCAACAUACGGAACGUGAGUGCAUUCACUUGACGAUUGGUCAGUAGUUUAAAGAAUAGAGCAAUUUACUUUAUUUGACCAUGUAACUAUAAACGGUAUAAACAAUCUUA